AACACAGUUAUAAAUACGCACAAAUUCCACCGCCCAUACAGCUUCAUCAGCAUAACGCAAAAAUCCCUUUAUUAAUUCUCCAAAAUCAAAAUCAUUCUCCCAAUUCCCAACCACCACCAAACACUGCCACACUCUUCAUCACUCACUCUCUUCUUCUUCUUCCAGAUCUACACAACAAUGCACCUCCAAAUCUCACUCUCAAUGCUUCUACUCUCUGUUUUCUUAACAUCUCCAACGCUUUUCACCACCGCAGCACAGAGCAAGCCGCAGGAUCUACUCCGAUCCUCCUGCGUCCACGCACGCUACCCGCGUCUGUGCCUGCGCACCCUCUCGCACUACCCGGGGCCCGCCAACACGCCCCUCGACAUGGCCCGAGCCGCGCUCAGGGUCAGCCUGGCCCACACCCGCCGGACCUCCAAGUUCCUGCACACGCUGUCCAAAGGCGGCGCCGCCGCCAUGAGCAAGCGGCAGCGCUCCGCGCUGCGAGACUGCACUGAGCAGAUCUCGGACUCCGUGGACCAGCUCCGGCGGAGCCUCGACGAGUUACAACACCUACGCGCCGAGACCUUCCGCUGGCAAAUGAGCAACGCACAGACGUGGGUGAGCGCUGCCCUCACCGACGGCGACACUUGCCUCGACGGCUUCGCCGGCAAUGCCAGGCCCGACGUCAAACGCAGGGUGAACGACGUUGCCAGGGUCACCAGCAAUGCUCUGUAUAUGAUUAAUCGACUCGGUCAAAGUAGGACCGGAAAGCCCAAGUCCAAGCCCAGACCCAGACCAAGCCCAGGCCUGAUCGUCUCAAAGAAUUGAAAUAUGUUAGAAAGUGGUAUGACAAAUGCAGGUAGCAGGUGAAGCAGACUACGUGAAACUGUAAUGUCUAGUUUAUUUAUUAGGUAAAGCACCGAGUGACUCCUUUUUGCUUUUUUGCGUUUCUUACUAUAAUUAAAAAGUAUGUAUAUUACUAUAUUAUAUAAUAAUAAAUAAUAAUGAUAUAUCUUUAUAUGCUGAA